AUGGGAGAGGCGCCCAGUCCUGCGCCGGCGCUCUGGGACUGGGACUACCUGAACCGCUGCUUCGCCCGCCACCGCGUCUGCAUCUCCUUCGGCCUGUGGAUCUGCGCCUCCUCCUGCUGGAUCGCCGCCCACGCGCUGCUUCUCUAUCUGAGAUGUGCAAAGAAAUCUGGACAGGGCCAGUCGGCACUGUGCGCUGCAUGCUGCCUCCUGACCAGUCUGUGCAACACCGUCGGGGCUAUUCUAGCCAGACAGCUCACCAUCCAGGUUUUCACUGGUGCCUACUUAGCCGCCAUUGACUUGGUGAACUUUAUAUUCAUUCUAUUCCCAGUCUGUGGACCCAAAGUCAAGUCCAGUUCAGAUCGUGGUGCCCGAGACAGGAAGAGGAGACAGCGGCUCAGGGCCAGUAUAUUUGCCCUGACCCUGCCACUGAGCCUGGGUCCAUGCUGGGUUCUCUGGGCCACUGUCCCAAAGGCUUCAGCGCCUGUCCGGGGGCCGCAGAGGAGGCUGCUGGCGAGCCUGCUGCAGGAAAAUACUGAACUCCUUGGCUACCUGCUGGGCAGCAUCGCUGCCGUGGGCUCCUGGGCUUCCCAGAUCCCCCCACUCUCCAGAAUUUGCCAGGGGAAGACAUUUUCUUCCAUCCACCUGUGGACCCGGCUUCUGUCAGCCUUGGCUGGCCUCCUCUACGCCUCGGCCAUUGUGGCCCAUGACCGGCGGCCCGAGUAUCUGCUGCAGGCCACACCCUGGUUCCUGAUCUCCCUCGGCCGAGCUGCGCUGGACCUUGCGAUCAUUUUCCUUUCGUGUGUGCUGAAAAGCAAGAUGAGACGGGCCUUGGGAUUUGUUGCUGAAGCCAGAGAGAGCCCUGACACCCAAGCCCUUUUGACCUGUGCAGAGAAAGAGGAAGAAAACCAGGAGAUGCAGAACAAGGACAAGAAUUCAGAGUGGGUGCCUCUCACCACAAUGUCGCACCGCAAGUCACUGAAGACGAUGGCGGCAAUCAGUCGCUACAUGGAGCUGACCAUUGAGCCGGUGCAGCAGGCGGGCUGCAGUGCCACCAGGCUUCCUGGUGACGGACAGACGACCACUGGAGAUGCACCCCUGCAGGAGCCCCCCUCUUACCCACCUGUUCAGGUCAUCCGGGCCCGAGUGUCUUCCAGCAGCUCCUCCGAGGUCUCCUCCAUCAACUCUGACCUGGAGCAGAAGUAUUGGGAGGCCCUAAACUCCGAGCAGUGGGACCCUGAAGAUGUGAACCUUGAAAAGACACAAAGCCAGCAUGGAGAUGCGUGGAUCCCAGAUGCACAGGGUUUCUUUGAGACCAAUAGACUUGACCUCUGAUGAUUAACACUAAUACCUUGUGGAACCAGCCCAUCAGCUCCCAGCCCUUUCAGCUGCUUGUCAGUAACAGAGCUGGGAUCAACCUGUACUGGCACAGAUGGCAGGAAUUUCAGCUCUACAGAAGCUGCCCAAGAAAAGUGAGGAACCAGGAGCUGUCACUGAGCUUGACUCAUCAACAUCACGCCUCAGAAUGGAGCUAAGACUUUGGGUCCUGCGGACAGACUGGCAUAGGCCCGGAAUUUGUUCUGAAGAUUAAAAGUUCACAGGUGGCUCUUGCUUUGUAAAGAUAAACCUUCAUCCAAAGGACACUGGACCCUCUUUUCACUUUAUUCCCUUGAGAUUCAGUCACAAACAGAAUACCUGUUAGAUGCUGGGAACAAGCUCACCUAACAAAUAGCUAAUGUGUUUGGAUCUCCACGGAGCCCAUUCUGUAAGACUGGGCUAAACCCAGGAGAUGAGAGGGGUGGACCCAUGUGCCGGGUGUCUGAGGCACACGUAGGAACUGACGGGGCCGGGCUCUGUCCUCCAGCCUUUCACUUGAGUUAUCUGCCGGAGGUUACAGAUAGGACUGCGGAGUGAAGCAAGUGCUUCUGAGCAUGUUGGUAUUGCGAGAACACACAAAGCAAAUUGCUGUAGGUACCAGGACUUCUUCCAAUCCGGCGAGGUGUGCACUGAGGCAGGUGUGCAGGUGAGGGGCUGUAUGCUUCAGGAGGUAACUAAAUGCAUGCAGAGGAUAAGAGGCAUGGUAGGCGGUGUUAAAUUCAAGCACAGCAAUCCCAUUUUCUGACUAUUUAGAUACUGUGAUGGGUGACGGGAGGGUUCAGGGAAUGGGGCUAGGGUGGGAGUGAACUCUAGGGUGAGUAAAUUCUGAUAGAAUGAAGUAUCUCACAGAGGAGGACAGUGGUACGUGGGUCUCCCAGUGCAGUUACAGAAGUCUGCCACGAGGGGAACUGGCAGAAAUGCCAAGAAACACAGCUUUACUGCUGGCUGGCCCUGACUCCAUUGCAGCGGCCUCCUCCCUCCUGAGAAUCAGUGCAAAACCCGGCAGCAGGGAGCGGGAAGCAGGUUGGUUCUAUGGUCUCUGCAUAGAUCCUAA